AUGAAGGUGAGCAUAAAGAACAGGACAGAUGGAACCGUGUUCCAACUCGAGAUUGACGCUAGCGCAACGAUGGGCGAACUUCGCUCAAGAAUCUCGUCCCAUCUUGAGAAGUCAGACUCUUGCACAUCCGACGCUGCAAAAGCAGAGCCUCAAGAUCUGAAAGCUGGAACUUCGAAUGACGACGAUGACGCCGCGAUGAAGUCUGAUGAAGAAACGGAUGCGACCACAGUUUUUCGCGAUGAUGUUGUUCGAGCUGCAAGGGAAUAUAUGGAAAAUUCUGGAUAUUCUAACUCAUCGCUGCAGUCAUGGUCUACAAGUAAUGUCACCGGUGCUGAACUCCGUUUUGAACUUCGCACUCGAAAUAGAACAUCGGAUAUUUUCAUUGUUAUAACAACGCUACCUCAGCCGAAUUUGUCCGCUAUUGUAAAUGUCGGAAGGAUCGUAGAUUUGUCGCGUAAACUUCUUUCGUCGUUCACUGUACAGCCAGCAUCCAUCAAGGACAAUGUAAUAACGGGAGUUGCAAUCGCAUUAUCUGGUUCAGGUGAGCUUUGUUGUGCAGAUCUUAUUGUUCAGUUUAUUUACAAGGCGUCGCGACGUGUCAAUUAA